AAAAACGAACUUGCAUAAAAUCUCCGGAGAUUUGAGGUGGAGGAAGCGAUAGAGCAGAUGGGGUUCUGACGGAGAAACCAAAGGAGGGAGCUUUUGGAUUCUUAGACCACCAAAUGCUUCAGAGACUCUGUUUGAUGGCUUCUCAUGGUUACCUUCCAGGCCUUGUAUUGCACCCAGAAUUUUCCUUCUCCUCCACUAAUACCAAAGUUUGUCAAACAUCCUUGCCUGCAUUAGGAGCUGCACCCGACAUUAUCACAUAUCGAUAUCCUUGUCUUAAGUCGCAUCCAAAUGAGGAGUCACGGAAAUCUAGAAGUGAGCUGCUGGAUUACAAUCAGCUUAUCAAUGUUGAGUUCUCAGCUCAAAGGCCGAUAUUUAUUGACAUCCAACCGAGCUGCCCAAAUCCAGUACUUCUCAGCUCUGGCAUUGUCGAACAAUGCACAAAGCGUGAUAAGAUCUUGCAGGUUCUACAGUCCAGGACUGCUGAACAAGGCAUAGAUGGAGAAAAUUUAUCUCUGUUAUUGGACUUGACAAAAUUGCAAUUGCCAGGCAUUGAUAAAGCGCAACGAUUGUCAUCUCCUUUCUGGCCAAAUAGUGAAUUCUACAUCCCAAAGCCUUUACUGGAAUUUGUUCAAGAUUCAGCUAUUACUUCAAAGAUUACAGUUCAUCCAGAUGGUCAAGUCACAUUUAUGGGUUCUGCGAUUGAGAUGAAAGAUUUUCUUGCUGCAGUGGCUGAGUCAUACAUAUUGGAAAAUUCGCAUAAGGGGGAAAAGAAGUCUAUGCUUGUUCCAUACUUUAGUAGGGGCCAAUUCUCCUUGAAGAUUGAGUCUGCCUUAACUGCUCCAUUAAAGAGCAGUCCUGAGAAAGUCAAAAUGAAGCCAUCUCAGAAAAAGAAAAAGAAGCUUAGCACCGAGAGGGAUCUCUACAAGAGGAACGGCAUGCAUGCAUGCGAGAGCCUUCUGUCAUUGAUGGUAGACAAGAAGCAACGCCGGCAAACAGCAAUGCUCUCUUUGAAGAAAUCUGGCCCUGAGCUUUCCGAGCUGCUGACACAAUUCUCUGCUGGUAUUGCUGGGACCGGCCUCGCUGUCCUGCUAUCUGUUAUGUGUGAGCUUGCAUGUGGAAGGAUCCCCAUUUCUGCAUCUAAGAUGUUCAAUACAGUGUUUGGAUUUGCAUUGGUUUGGCUUUCUUGGGCAGUAAAUAAGCUAAGGGCUACAGUAGUCAGCAUUAGCAAGAAUGCAGGGAAGUCAGGAUCAAAAGAAGAGGACAUGUUUCAGAAACUGGACAAGAGCAUACAGGGAAUCUACUGGAGCGCCGCAGCAUUGCUAGCGGUUGCAGUGCUGAGGCUUGCUUGAAUUGACCGACUACCAUUGCCAGAUACAUGAAGAGUAGUUUGGACAAGUUUUACUGCCAAAGCUAGGUGGCUAAUGCAGUUAUGUAUAUUUCUGGUUUGAUGUUUAUGCCUAGCUGUGAAGGUUGAAGCUAAUAAGCUAAAGCCUUAGCUCGAUUUUUAAGUUAGUUCUAGCAAGAGAUCUUCAAGGAACAAUGUAUAUGAACACUUAGUUGUUAUUGUUGAUGUUAUAUGUAACAUACAAUUUUGGAACGUAAUCAGUGUUAAUAGAACCAUGUUUGAUAAAUGCUAGUUUGCACAGCCAAU